AUGAAGACAUCUCCUCUAUCAUUCUAAAGGGAAAAUGACGAAACUGUUUGGCAUACUCGCAAAUUACGUUAAGAGACUGAGAAGGAUAUCUUAUUAAUGAAAAAUAGACUCAAAUUAUUAAAGAGAGGUGAUGCACAGUUAUCUAAGAGAAUUGAUGAAACUAAGAAGAAAACCAAAUCUAUGAUAGAACUGAAAAUGAAUCAUCAUGCAUAAAUUGAAUAAAAAAAACUAAGUCAGAAGAAUGAUGAAGAAAUAUUGAAGGAUAAAUAGAAAUUAAAUUAUAGCCUCAAAAAAUAACAAGAAGAACAACUAGAAAUGAUCAAGAAGGCUAUGGAACAAAUCAAAUUGGAUGAAUAUAAAAGAAUUAAAGAAAUAUCCAUUAAAAACUCUGAAGCCAUUAAUAAAUAGAAAGAAGAGUUUCUUAAAAAAAACAAAGAGAAAAGAGAACAUAUAAAGGAAAUUAUGUCCCAAUCAAAAACCAAUAUAUCGCUUUAUUGGAAUGAAAAAUUGUCCCACAUCCAAAAGGAAAACGAAAAAGCUAAAUUGGAGAACAAAAGGGCUUGCGAAUACAAUAAGGUUUAAUAAGAAAAAAUGGAGAUGGAAGAGUCAUACAUGAUGCAAAAAUUAAUGAGAUCACAAGAGGUUUAAAAGAAAUUAGUAGCAAGAUUAGAAAAAGCAAAAAACUUGCCUCAUGACGAAUUCAAUCACAUGAUCAAAGAAGAAGAAGAUCAUUCGCAUCAUCAUCAUAAAACUAAUAAAAGUGCAGAAGCACCUCGUUGGUUACCUACUCCAGAAAAGGAUCUUGUUGUGUCUCAAAACUUAGAUUCAGAACCUUAGCAAGAUUCUGAUUAAUAAAAAAAAGAUGAUAAUCAUGAAGAUUAGUAAGAAUGA